UCUGAGCGCUAACACAGGGGGUUGGCUUUAAACGCGGCGGUACUGUAACGCGACCGGGCUCCGGUGAGCGUGCCAGUCUAGCGUAAAACCUCCGGAGGAGAGGAACGAGCGCGUCCACGACGCUAUAACGGAGCUACCGAUGAAAAGGCGUGAUGUCAAGCCGCUGUCAGUGUCACGGGACUGAGGGAAUGUGUGCCACGCGCUCGUGAAUGACCAUCCUCCAGCGCGCGCAGCAGCAGCAUAGACAGAAAGCGUUGGUUUUUGGUGCAUAGAUCAGUUACCCAAACCGAGCGUCAGUCGUCGCCUCGCACGCACCCCUCAAGACGUCUUCGAGGAAUUGAGAAAUUACCGUAGAUACCUUUGAACCUUUACAGGACGACUCCGCAGCAUUCAUUCAUUCCGAUGUGGAUCUAUCUCUAUCAGAACUGAUCGGAACGCAGCAUCUGUUUUAUAAGAGCAUUUGCAUAUCGUCUUCUGCUUUCUCUUGGAUUAUAGAAACAUGUGAAGACCCUGGUGAGGCAUUGGACCACAGAGCUAGCUUUAAACACCACAAGAAGGAAGGUUGUGCCGUCUGAUAUUGUAUUACACUCUUCGUUUUCUCCUCUCUCACCUUGCGGGUCCCUCAGACAAUGGGGGGACGGCAGGCUUCGCAGAGGACUUUGGACCAAAGCCCUGCACGGGGCUUUACAUGGUCCUUUACAAGCUGGUUUUUAGUCUUAGCCUUACCAAUAGUGUGCUGUGAACAGACCUUCACAACUUUUCACCCUGAGCGACGAGAAUGGGCUUUCAACCACUUGACAGUUCACAAGACUACAGGAGCAAUCUAUAUAGGCGCUGUCAACCGUGUCUACAAGUUAUCAGGCAACCUAACGCUCCUAGUAUCCCAUGGUACCGGCCCAGAAGAUGACAACAAGGCCUGCUACCCUCCGCUUAUCGUCCAGCCGUGCAACGAACCUCUGGUUUCCACCAACAACAUCAACAAACUCUUACUUAUCGACUACUCUCAGAACAGGCUGCUCGCUUGUGGAAGCCUUUAUCAAGGUGUUUGCAAACUUCUACGGUUGGAUGACCUAUUUAUCCUAGUGGAACCAUCUCAUAAAAAAGAGCACUACCUCUCAAGCGUCAACCAGACAGGCACCAUGUAUGGGGUCCUCGUGCCCUCCCAAGGCAAGGACGGGACUCUGUUCAUUGGCACAGCGGUAGACGGCAAGCAAGACUACUUUCCAACCAUAUCCAGCCGUAAGCUUCCUCGUGACCCAGAGUCCUCUGCCAUGCUGGACUAUGAGCUCCACACUGACUUUGUGUCGUCACUCAUCAAGAUCCCUUCAGACACCCUGGCGUUGGUCUCUCAUUUCGAUAUCUACUACAUCUACGGCUUUGCCAGCGGCAACUUUGUCUACUUUCUGACCGUGCAGCCAGAAACCCCAGAGAACAGCAUGUCUUCCAGCGGCCCUUCGAACGACCUGUUUUACACCUCCCGCAUCGUGCGACUUUGCAAAGACGACCACAAAUUCCACUCCUACGUGUCUCUGCCGAUCGGCUGUAUACGGAACCGGGUGGAGUACCGUCUGUUACAGGCGGCUUACCUGGGCAAACCCGGACGAGUGCUCGCUGCAUCCCUCAACAUUAGCGCUCAGGAUGAUGUGCUCUUCGCUAUCUUUUCCAAAGGUCAGAAGCAGUAUCACCACCCGCCUGAUGACUCGGCCCUCUGCGUCUUUUCCAUUCGGGACAUCAAUGCUCAUAUCAAAGAGCGCAUGCAGUCCUGCUAUCAGGGAGAGGGAAACCUGGAGCUUAACUGGCUGUUGGGUAAAGACGUACCUUGUACCAAAGCGCCUGUCCCUAUUGAUGACUCCUUCUGCGGUCUGGACAUCAACCAGCCUCUUGGCGGCUCUCAGCUGGUGACCGGACACACACUCUAUACGGAGAGCAGGGAUCGGAUGACCUCGGUGACCUCCUACGUCUACAAUGGUUACUGCGUGGCUUUCGUUGGCACCAAGAGUGGUCGACUAAAAAAGAUCCGCGUUGAUGGUCCCCCUCACGGUGGCGUCCAGUAUGAAACCUUGCCGGUCAUCAAAGAUGGAAGCCCCGUCCUGAGAGACAUGGCCUUCUCAUUGGACAACAGCUACAUCUACGUCAUGUCGGAGAGACAGGUGACCCGGGUACCGAUCGAGUCCUGUGAGCAGUACGGCACGUGUGGAGAGUGUCUGAGUUCUGGAGAUCCACACUGUGGCUGGUGUGUGCUGCAUAACAUGUGUUCGCCAAGGGAUCGCUGUGAGCGAGCAAAUGAGCCGUACCGCUUCGCUGCCACACUCAGCCAGUGUGUGAAAGCCACGGUGUACCCGGACAGCAUCGCCGUCUCUGAACCUAACGUACCGCUGCUGGUGAAAGUGACAGACGUUCCGGAUCUUUCCGCUGGAAUCACAUGCUCGUUCGGGAACCUGACGGAGAUUGAGGGAAGAGUGAAUGGGAACCAGAUUCUGUGCACGUCUCCUGCUGCUAAAGAUGUUCCCAUCAUCCCCACCGAUCAAGACUGGUCUGGUGUGGAGCUGAGAUUGAACUCAAAGGAAACAGGUCAGAUGCUGAUCAGCACCGAGGUGAAGUUUUACAACUGCAGCGUGCACCAGCUAUGUCUUUCCUGCGUCACCAGUUCCUUUCGAUGCCACUGGUGCAAAUAUCGAAACCUCUGCACCCAUGACCCCUCCAGCUGCUCCUUCCAGGAGGGACGCGUCAACGCUUCAGAGGACUGUCCUCAGUUGGUUCGCUCUGAGGAGAUUCUGAUCCCGGCGGGUGAGGUGAAGCCCAUCACACUGAAAGCACGAAAUCUGCCGCAGCCUCAGUCGGGUCAGCGCGGGUACGAGUGUGUGUUACACAUCCAAGGAGUCAGCCAUAGAGUGACCGCUCUCAGGUUCAACAGCUCCAGUGUACAGUGCCAGAACAGUUCGUAUUUGUAUGAAGGCUUGCGAAUCAGUGAGUUGCCAGUGGAUUUCUCUGUGGUGUGGAAUGGAAACUUCAUCAUUGAUAAUCCUGAGAACAUCAAAGUGCACCUGUACAAGUGUGGCGCUCAGAGGGACAGCUGUGGCGUGUGUCUGAAGGCGGAGAGGAAGUUUCAGUGUGGCUGGUGUAGUAUGGAGGGUCGCUGCACAUUACGCCAGCACUGCCCAAUGUCCAACCCAUACACCAGCCGAUGGCUGAACCUCGCCAGCACCAACGUCAAGUGCACCAACCCUCGAAUUACAGAGGUGACCCCAGUGGCCGGACCACCAGAAGGGGGCACUAGAGUGACAAUUCGCGGCAUCAACCUGGGUCUGUCCUUCUCAGACAUGAUCAACAACGUUCAAGUGGCAGGAUUCCAGUGCACCCCAAUAGAGACCGGCUACAUUAUCGCUGAACAGAUCGUGUGCGAGAUGGACGCAGCACCUGAGGGUAGUAAACCAGGCCCGGUCCAUUUGUGCGUAGGAGAGUGCAAACCGGAACUGCAGACUCGCUCCUCUCAGCUGUAUUCAUUUGUGAUGCCCUCUAUCACAGGGGUGUCCCCCAGCCGGGGUCCCGAGUCUGGUGGAACUAAAGUCACUAUAAUGGGAGAGAAUCUGGGGGCUGGCAGCAGUGUCACUGUACUUUUCGGCAACCAGACCUGCGAAUUUUAUGAGAGAACUAUGACAGAAAUCGUGUGUUACUCCGCCCCCUCUCUGACAGGGGUGGGGCCUGUUCAGAUCAGUGUAAGCGUGGAUCGUGCACAGGUCAAAGAGAGCUUGACCUUCGAGUAUAUAGAUGAUCCCACCGUUCAACGCAUCGAACCAGAAUGGAGCAUUGCCAGUGGACACACGCCUCUGGUGGUGACCGGGACGAACUUGGAUGUCAUACAAGAGCCGAGAAUUCGGAUCAAGUAUGGCGGGCGGGAAUCAGUAAAUGUGUGUAAGGUUCUGAACAUGACCACCAUGAGCUGUUUCGCUCCCUCUUUGACUGCCGAGUACAGGCCGGGUUUGGACUCCGUGAAGCACGCGGAUGAGUUCGGCUUCAUCUUUAAUAACGUGCAGGCUCUGCUGGUGUACAACAACACUAACUUCUUAUACUAUCCCAACCCUUUCUUCGAACCUCUCAGCACCAAUGGCAUACUGGAACAGAAACCCGGCUCCCCUAUUAUUCUAAAGGGUAAGAACCUGGUUCCUUCGGCAUCUGGAGGUGUAAAGCUCAACUACACUGUACUGAUCGGAGAGACUCCCUGUUCUGUCACCGUGUCUGAGUCUCAACUGCUGUGCGAGCCUCCUAAUCUCACCGGCCAGUACAAAAUCAUGGUGCAAGUCGGAGGGCUGCAUGUUUCUCCCGGCUCAGUAAACAUUCUUUCCGACAGUCUGCUGACCCUUCCCGCCAUCGUCAGCAUCGCUGCAGGCGGCGGCCUUCUUCUCAUCAUCGUCAUCCUCGUGCUUAUCGCCUACAAGCGCAAAUCCCGAGAGAACGACCUGACGCUCAAGAGACUCCAGAUGCAAAUGGACAACCUGGAGUCCAGGGUCGCGCUGGAGUGCAAGGAAGCAUUUGCAGAGCUGCAGACAGAUAUAAAUGAGUUAACCAGUGAUUUGGACCGAGCUGGUAUCCCAUAUCUGGAUUAUCGCACAUAUGCCAUGAGAGUGUUAUUCCCCGGGAUCGAGGAUCAUCCUGUGCUCAGAGAACUUGAGGUCUCUGGUAAUGGGCAGCUGAGUGUGGAAAAAGCUUUAAAAGUGUUUGCUCAGCUGGUCAACAACAAGGUGUUUUUGUUGACGUUCAUCCGAACGCUGGAAAUGCAACGUUCCUUCUCCAUGCGUGACCGCGGGAAUGUGGCGUCGCUCAUCAUGACGGCUCUACAGGGUCGGCUGGAGUAUGCGACGGAUGUGCUCAAACAUCUCUUGUCUGACCUCAUCGAAAAGAACCUGGAGAGCAAGAACCAUCCCAAACUACUGCUCAGGAGGACAGAGUCUGUAGCUGAGAAGAUGCUGACAAACUGGUUUGCAUUCCUGCUUCAUAAGUUCCUGAAGGAGUGUGCAGGCGAGCCUCUCUUCAUGCUGUAUUGUGCUAUAAAACAACAGAUGGAAAAAGGCCCAAUAGACGCCAUCACAGGCGAGGCCAGAUACUCCCUUAGUGAAGACAAACUCAUCCGACAACAGAUUGACUACAAGACGCUGAUCUUAAACUGCGUCAACCCGGAAAACGAGAACAGCCCUGAAAUCCCAGUGAAGGUUCUGAACUGUGACACCAUCACGCAAGUCAAGGAGAAAAUCCUAGACGCCGUGUAUAAGAACAUGCCCUAUUCGCAGAGACCCAAAGCUGUGGACAUGGACCUGGAGUGGCGACAGGGACGAAUGGCCCGGGUGGUCCUGCAGGAUGAAGACAUUACCACCAAGAUUGAAAAUGAUUGGAAGAGACUCAACACGCUCAUGCAUUAUCAGGUGUCGGAUCGCUGUGUGGUGGCUUUGGUACCCAAGCAGACAUCCUCCUACAACAUUCCACCAACAACGAGCAUCUCCCGGAGCUCUAUUAGCAGAUAUGACUCGACUUUCCGCUACACGGGAAGCCCGGACAGCCUGCGGUCCCGCGCUCCCAUGAUCACACCGGACCUGGAGAGCGGAGUCAAGGUCUGGCACCUGGUGAAGAACCACGAGCAUGGAGACCAGAAAGAGGGCGACCGAGGGAGCAAAAUGGUUUCUGAGAUCUACCUCACCCGCCUGCUUGCUACUAAGGGUACGCUGCAGAAGUUUGUCGACGAUUUGUUCGAGACUCUCUUCAGCACGGUGCACAGAGGUAGCGCCCUUCCGCUAGCUAUUAAAUACAUGUUCGACUUUCUGGAUGAACAGGCAGACAAGCACGGCAUCCAUGACACAGAUGUCCGACAUACAUGGAAGAGUAACUGCCUUCCUCUGCGUUUCUGGGUUAAUGUGAUCAAGAAUCCGCAGUUUGUUUUCGACAUCCACAAGAGCAGCAUCACGGAUGCUUGUCUAUCCGUGGUGGCCCAGACCUUCAUGGAUUCGUGUUCCACAUCUGAACACAGAUUGGGCAAAGACUCGCCCUCAAACAAGCUGCUUUAUGCUAAAGAUAUCCCCAACUACAAGAACUGGGUAGAAAGGUACUACGCUGACAUCGGUAGACUGCCAGCCAUCUCUGAUCAGGACAUGAAUGCAUACUUGGCUGAACAGGCACGACUUCACUCCAGUGAUUUUAACAUGCUCAGUGCCCUCAAUGAGAUUUACUCCUACAUUAGCAAAUACAGCGAAGAGAUCACGGCUGCAUUGGAUCAGGACGAGACGGCGAGGAAACAGCGCCUGGCUUAUAAAGUGGAACAGCUCAUCGCCGCCAUGUCAUUAGAGAGCUGAGAGAAAGACUAACCAAAACCUUUACUCAGUCCAACCAUCAUCCAAAGCCCGAGCUACUGGAUAGAGACCUUAGAGGUUACCUUUUCCAAUGGACAACUAUUCGAUAAAACUGGCCACUUUUAUAUCGUGAUGGAAAUCUGAAGUGGAGUUUUUAGAAACGCAAAAUGGGACGAUCGGCUUUCCUGACUUUCACGGUUUUAUGUGCUUUUAUUUCGUUUUUUGUUUGCUGGUUUGACGUGUCUUGCACAAAAUACCGUGAUGAAUGGAUGCAAGAAUUACGAUUUAUAGAUCCUUCCUUUAAAAGCAUUGCUCGUUUUGCGGAAACCAUCGGAAGAGGAUUCGCCGGAACCAGACUUCCACUGCCUCGCCGUUGGUUUUUACUUCCAAAUGUUAUUUUUAUACACGAUUGCUUUUAAGUUUUGUUGCAGUUGCCACUGGAGUCCUCAUGGCAUAGUGACGCUAGUACAGUUCAUCAGUUUUAGUGUGAUGAAAAGCCACGUCUCUUUCCCUGGAAAGCAGCGACUGCUACCAACACGCUUGUGCAUGUUGUUUUGGAGUGUCUCUGGCUUUAGAGACCACGAGGAACUAUUCAGAUCGUCUCGGUGAUAAUGCAACUCCAUCGUAAAGGGGCCAGAUUUCAACCAGCAUGUCCGUUCGCCCCAAACUCUUGGAUUGGCGUUCUUUGAAGGACCAGUGUUGAACCGGACGAACAAACUCUGCUCCGCAGUCUCUCUCUCUCUCUCUGUGUGUAUACGUCCUGUUUUCUACAUGUAAGCGUAUGUGAAUGUACAAACGUACUCUAUUUUGUCUUUGCCAUGCUUUUCUAAAAACGUGAAUCAGUUGAGCUGAUAUCCACGGCACGUCCUGAAGAACCGAUGCGCUCGAUGUAAAUCCACGAUGAAAGAGCUGCCAAAAUUCUUCUACGGAUGCAGCGACGUGUAGCUAAAAAUGAAACGGAGACCCUUUGAAAUGAAUGGACUUACUUGAGAUCAUCUUACCAGAGAGUAUUACUUAUUAUGUAUGGUCCAAUGUGUGUGUAGUCUGCAUGCAUUAUAAAGUACCUCAUAUUUAAAAAAAAAUUACGUCUUCAUUCCCAUAUACUCCUACAUUUAAGUGCCAAGAGGUCAUGUUGUGGAUGACUCAAAGGAAGGCUGAUGAUGUAAUAUACCAUGUCACUUCCUUUCUGUACGCAUAGUGCUGGACAUGUCGGGAUGAAGUGCCAAAAGAUCUCUUUAAGUUAUUUGUGCACUUGGUUGAUUAAGGGAACAAACCCUUUGGGCCGAUCGCUCUCUCUCACGACUUGCAAAUUCAGGUACGAAAAGAUCGUAGGUUUGGAAUGUAAAGUAUUUAAAAUACUUCUGGAUUCAUGAAAGGUUGAGUGCUUUUUCCUUUUUUUUCUGCGUCGUCUGACAUGAAAUAUGUCAACAGAGAGCACGAACAAAGAUUGCUUUCAUUUAUAAUGCAUGAUGGCAAGUAGAGUUGCUUUUAAAGAUCACCCAUACCAAAAUAGACAAGGUCGUUCAGGUCGAAGUCAGCUCGGGUUCAAACUGGAACCCAAAAUCGCAACUCUCUGUAUAUCCAAUACAGCACGAGGCUUUCAAAGUCAUUGUUUUCCCCCGUGGCCUUAAGUUUAUUUAAUGGUUUUUAUGUUGUUUUCCUGUCUUUGUUUGCUGUGUUUGAGACUGAUCAGAAAAGUAAAAUGAAUGAAACGAUGUGGUGGAGGCGUGGCCUCGCCCAGACAGCCGGUUGGUGGUGUCUCGCGGAGUAUUCGAGAAGCAUAGGAAUGAGAUGGAGAGACAGACCCCUUUAGCUUCAAAUUUCUCCUGCCGCUUUGAAGCUCGGCUUUGAUCUCAAGCAGUCGUGUGCACAGUGUGAUCAGGAGAUAAAAAAUACGCAUCAAAAAUAGGAACCAGUGCGAGAGAUUACAAAUGAGGAGCGUUAUGACUGACAGUGAAUUGAUCUGUUAAGGUAUGGAAAACUAUGGGAUACUCUUCCUGAACAACCACAUAUUCCUCUAGCACCUGAAUAGUCACUGUAUAUGAUGUGGCGUAUACACUGCUGGAAUAAACAGUAUUAGUUAGUGUUUUUGCAUUGUUUUCCAUCUAAAUGUCUUCAGAGGUCUUCCUUUAAAAGUAAAAAAGUUCAAUUGUAGGCUGAUUUGUGCCUAAAACAAUGAAAAAUUAAGAUUAUUUGCAUAUGGGAAAAUAUAGCUAAACAUAAUUAAAGCUUUAUCACAUUAUUCUUAAUUUUAGGAUGUUUAGAUAUUUUAAAUGGGAAACAACACAAAAACACUGAUUAUACAGACAUUGUGAUAUAUUUAUUUCUCAUGUCAAUGACAUGAGGGGACAAGAUGAAGCUUCCUACAGUAAAUUCGAUUAUCCACAGUCUUCCCUGUUUUACAUUCAUCCGAGCUAAUCGUGGCUCUCUAAGGGUUUAAGUCUCUCGGAGACGUUCUGUUAACCUUGAUGUCCUCACAGUUUUUCCCAGGAUGUUGCUUAAACCCUUUUAAUGUUAAUGUGAUGCCGCCACAUUAGUCGAGGAGGUACGACUCUCCAGAUAUAUUCAGAGAUACUGUAUUUCUCUGUCCUAAAAUAAUUUUGUGGCACAGGAAAUUGCACUUUGUAAAGAGAGAUUUAGUAUCUCGAUGCGAUUGCUGUUUAUUAAAACAUUCGAUCCCCUUAAAAAGUGAGUAAAGUGAAUUUUAAUUUUAAUUUUUAUUGCGCUAUUCUGCAGAGCAGAAUAACAUUUUACGGCACUGGGCAGCUUUUAGAAAUAUCGUCAGCGGUCGAGACGGCCGCUCGUUUUAUAUUUGGCACGAAUCGAGAGUCUUUGAAUCAAUUUUGUGCACUUUUAUCUUUUUGGUUAAUGUUUUGCUCUGUGAUGGAAUAGCAUGCUACAAACAAGUGAAAUGUUCAUAUUCUCUUCAUAUUACCAAUUAUCUUAAUUGUGAGGAAACUGAGAGAAAGGCUUUUGUAGUCGCAUCAAGUGUGAAUAUCCAUCCAUUUUCAAUCGUGCUAAAUUAUAAACAAAUCUCUCUUUGUAGACACUGGAGUUCUGUAACAUAGUACAUAGAAAUAAUAAUGACCUCGAUAAUAAUAACGCUUAUGGUUGUCUGUUCUUGUUGUUUUUUAAGUGUUGUGAAAAUUGUAAGAGAUUAUUUAAAAAGAAAAAAAAGUUGGUCUUGGUUUUUUUUUAUUGAUUUAGUUUUGUUAUAUUAUAUUACUGUGUACCUAUUGUAAAUAUGAAGCACACCUAUUUUGCAAGCCAAGGAUUCACUUUGUACUGUUGUUAUAUAUAAAUAAACUUUACUGGUUAAAAAUUGUGGUACUGCUUG